UUGAACUCCGGUUUCUGUGUCUGUCAAAUUAUUUAGCUAGCGUUAGCUUCUUAGCCAAAGGAAUGGCGAGCAGCUGAGCAGUUUAUGCAACAUUUAUAGCAGGAAACACGUUAACAUCUUUGCUAAAGGGACUUUUACAGUUUUCUAGCAAAAACGCAGCGCAUGGCCCAGACAGCACUUGUCGUGGGACCUACUUAGAAAGAGGGAAACCAAUCUGAACCUCUGAAUGAGUAAUGAACCUAAACCCCUUCUGGAGCAUGUCUGCCAAUACAAGUCGUAAGAGAGCUGAAGGUGAGGAACACAGCGGGCACGUGGAGCAGAGAUCCAGCCCAGCCCGGCUGCCCUUUGGCAAAAAGCAGCUUCCACCCAUCCCUAAGAAUGCAGCACCCAUCACAAAGCCUGUGUCAAUGGGCACCCCCACCCAGUCAGCCAAUGGCACACACGCCUCAUAUGGCCCAUUUUAUUUGGAGUACUCUCUGCUGGCUGAGUUCACACUAGUGAUCAAGCAGAAACUCCCUGGUAUUUAUGUCCAGCCAUCCUACAAAUCAGCACUAAUGUGGUUUGGGGUCAUCUUCAUCAGACAUGGCUUGUACCAGGAUGGAGUCUUCAAAUUCACUGUGUAUAUUCCAGAUAACUAUCCAGAUGGAGAGUGUCCUAAAUUAGUUUUUGACAUCCCAGUCUUCCAUCCUCUCGUUGACCCCGUGUCUGGAGAGCUUGAUGUCAGGAGAGCUUUUACCAAAUGGAGACGGAAUCACAACCACAUCUGGCAAGUCCUGAUGUACGCACGUACCAUUUUCUACAAGAUCAACACCACAGAACCCCUCAACCCAGAGGCUGCUGUGCUAUAUGAAAAGGAUGUGCAGUUAUUCAAAAGCAAAGUGGUGGAUAGUGUAAAACUAUGCAACAGUCAUCUUUUCGACCAGCCCAAGGUAGAUGAUCCCUACGCAAUAAGCUUUUCUCCAUGGAACCCAGCUGUUCAUGAGGAUGCAAAAGAGCGGAUGUUCACACAUAAAAGACGGCCUGACGAUCACCACAAGGGCGCGCAGGUGUCGGGUCUGUCCUGGGUGAAGCCCGGCUCCACGCAGCCCUUCAGCAAAGACGACGGUCCUCCUCCGAGCUGAAGCUGCCACCAGGGGGAGCCACACGCAUGAGAUGCCACGCCACCGGCUUACCUGCUGUUCAAGGGAACUGGAUCCUCGCGACAGUUGGGAGAACUUUCUGUUAAACCUCCACGUUAUUGCUCGGCUUUAAAAGCUUCGUAGGCAUCUCCUCAAACGGCUUUAGAAUAAGGAAACAACGUUUGUAUUAUAUGUAAAUCGACGAUGGCAAAUGGAUGUCUCGGCAACAUCAUUUUAGGCUGCGAUGCAAUCAAAGAGCUUUCUCAAUUUUAGAUUUUCAGAUCCAUGCACAUGUUGGGCUAGGCGAUACAACAUACUGUCCCAAAAAGGAGCUGAAAAGUACGAGUAAAGCGUUCAAGUAGAGUGGACUCCGUGAUCUCCUCCACUGGCUCAGGACUGUUUAUUUGUCAGACUUGGAAUGUUGUCAGUCACAGCUGUGUGAAUGAAAUGCCCUCCUGUCAUCCAACUAGAUCUACACCAUAUGUUUUAUAUUUGUUUCUUAUUGGAUAUUGAUUUCUUCUUAAUCCCACUCUGUAAACAAUUGUCUUACAUAGUUUCCUAAUAUAUAAAGCAGAGCAGGCCACCUAUGGGUUUGAAAUGAGAUGCUAGAUAAAGUAAGCUCAUGUAUUUUAUUUUGUCUGAUUUUUGAAUGUUUAUGUACCUUUUUGGCUGUUGGUUAUUAAAGGUGUGAUGUGUAAAUAAUGGAUGCUGUGAUGAGCAUAUAGAGACCUUUCUGCUUGGAUUUUCUUUGGGUUUUCUUUGCAAAUGUUAAGCUCGUUUUGUCAUAAGAAUAAAUAAGUUACUGCCUGUGUCCCACCAGAUUCCCACAUGAAGGAAAAGGAUACAUAUAUAUUGGUAUUCUGUCCAACUACAAGAUAACACGAUUUCUGUUGUGUCGGACAAAUGUCUUCAUCUGUAGAGGGCUCUUGCUUCAGUUUUGGUAAUAUUGCCCAGCUCCUUUCAAUAUGCAAAUAAUAGAAAGCUAAGAAUGUAGGAAAGGGAUAGGACUUUUAAGGAGGAUGUGGCUAUACAAGAUGAGCAGACAUGGUGCUGAAACCUUACUACGAACUGAUCUAUUUAUAGCGUCUGCGUAAGGAAAGGGUGUAACCAAAUGUCAGUGAACUCCACACAGACAUUUUGGCUGACGGCAUCUUCAAAAGUGUGAGUUGUAAUGUGUUCAAUAUGGACCCGUUCCUGCUCCAGUUUGUAAAACACAUUAGCCUACUGCAUAGAUAUGGGUUUAAAAUGCUUUUCUCUGAAAUCAAUAAAAUUGUAAAAAACGAA